AUGACUGGGGUACCUUCGAGCAACGGUGAUGUUGAAUUGGAUGAUGGGCCUGUUCAAACAAAAUCUCCUCGUAAACGGCUUUCUGUCGAACGAAUUUAUCAGAAAAAAACACAACUGGAGCAUAUUUUAAUCCGGCCUGAUACUUACAUCGGGUCGGUGUCACGAUCAGCCACAAUGAUGUGGGUUUUUGAUAAAGAAAAGCAGUCUAUGGUGCAAAAGGAAAUCACCUACACUCCUGGUCUGUACAAAAUCUAUGAUGAAAUUCUUGUUCCGUUUGUCAGAGAGGAGAAUCUUGUCCGAAUAUGGAAUAAUGGAGCCGGUAUUCCUGUUGUUCAUCACAAGGUUGAAAAUAUGUACGUGCCUUCAUUGAUCUUCGGCCAUCUGUUAACUUCGAGCAAUUACGACGACACCGAACAGAAAGUCACCGGUGGUCGUAAUGGAUAUGGUGCGAAAUUAUGUAAUAUUUUCAGCAAGCGUUUUGUUGUUGAGACCUCAAGCAAAGACAAUAAAAAGUCUUUUAAGCAGACAUGGGUGGAUAAUAUGACCAAAACCUCAGAGCCCCAAAUUAAAGUCAACUCUGGUGAGGACUUUACUUGCAUUUCUUUCCAACCGGACCUGAAUCGGUUUGGGAUGACGGAGCUCGACGCCGAUACCGUCGCUUUAUUCGAACGAAGGGCCUAUGACGUCGCAGCAUCGACACGUGGCGUUAAAGUUUUUCUCAAUGGUCAAAGGAUUCCCAUUAAAAGCUUCAAGGAUUAUGUUGAUUUAUAUCUUAAAGACAAGGGUGAAGAUGGUGAUGCAGUACCGGUUGUAUACGAGUCCGUCAAUCCCCGGUGGGAGAUAGCCGUCGCACCCAGUUCAACCGGUUUCCAACAAGUCAGUUUUGUGAACAGCAUUGCUACGAUCAAGGGCGGCAAGCAUGUUGACUACAUCGCCGAUCAAGUCGUUGGCAAACUCGUUGAUAUUGUGAAAAAGAAAUCGGGAAAAUCAGGCGUAGCCAUAAAAAAUUUUCAGAUUCGUUCUCACAUGUGGGUUUUCAUCAACUGCCUCAUUGUCAAUCCCACCUUCGAUUCACAGACAAAGGAGUUUAUGAGUCUAGAAGCAAAGAACUUUGGUUCUGUCUGCCAAUUGAGCGAAAAAUUUAUUAAUCAGGUUUCCAAGUCCGGAAUUGUUGAAAGUAUUCUAUCUUGGGUCCGUUUCAAAGCCCAGGAGAAGAUGGACAAGCAGUGCCACAAGUCAAAGCAUGCCAAGCUCAAAGGCAUACCCAAGCUUGACGAUGCCAACGAUGCUGGCACGAAGAAUUCACAGCAUUGCACACUCAUCCUCACUGAGGGAGACUCGGCCAAGUCACUAGCUGUUGCCGGUCUCGGAGUGGUUGGUCGCGAUCGCUAUGGAGUCUUCCCAUUGAGGGGCAAGCUGCUCAACGUUCGGGAGGCACCAACGAGGCAAAUUAUGGAAAAUGCCGAAAUUAAUAAUCUCAUCAAAAUCUUAGGCCUGCAGUACAAAAAUAAGUACGAAACCCAGGAGUCUCUUGCCAAUUUGCGCUAUGGAAAAAUCAUGAUCAUGACAGAUCAGGACCAGGAUGGGUCGCACAUAAAAGGUCUGAUUAUCAGUUUCAUUCACCACAACUGGCCAAAGCUGCUCCACCACAACUUCCUAGAGCAGUUCAUCACUCCUAUCGUGAAGAUCUUCAAAGGAAAGCAAGAAAUUGCCUUCUAUAGCAUUCCCGAAUUCGAGGAGUGGCAGAAGGCUACCCCCAACUGGCAUACGUGGCGUGUAAAGUACUACAAAGGUCUGGGUACCUCGUCAAGCAAAGAGGCCAAAGAGUACUUCAGCGAUAUGACGCGACAUCGAAUUCGUUUUCGUUAUUCCGGCCCUGAAGAUGACAGUGGUAUUGUGUUGGCCUUCAAUAAAAAUAAGAUCAAUGAACGCAAACAGUGGCUUACCUCCUGGAUGGAGGAAAAGCGACGGCGAACUGAACUUGGUCUACCCGAAGACUACCUGUAUGGUGCGGGAACGCACACCGUCACCUACCACGAUUUCAUUCACAAGGAACUCGUACUCUUUUCGAACAUGGACAAUGAACGUUCCAUUCCAUCUUUGGUAGAUGGGCUGAAACCCGGUCAAAGAAAAGUCAUGUUUACAUGCUUGAAGAGAAACCAGGUAAAGGAAAUCAAGGUGGCACAGCUCUGUGGCGCGGUAUCAGAAAUGUCCUCGUACCAUCAUGGUGAAAUGUCGCUGAUGGGCACCAUCGUUGGUCUCGCACAGGAUUUUGUCGGUUCCAACAACUUGAACCUUCUGAUGCCCUACGGUCAAUUCGGUACUCGUCUUUCCGGUGGCAAGGACUCUGCGUCUGCGCGUUACAUUUUCACGGCUCUCAGUCCGUUGACGCGUAAAAUUUUCCAUGAGAACGAUGACGCAAUCCUCCAUUACCUCUUCGAAGACAACCAGAAAAUUGAGCCAUCCUGGUACAUCCCUGUGAUCCCAAUGGUUCUCAUAAAUGGAGCUGAGGGCAUCGGCACAGGUUGGAGUACGAAGGUGCCGAAUUAUGACACCGCCGAAGUGAUCGCAAACAUCCGACGGAUGCUCGAUGGCGUGGAUCCGCUCCCCAUGCUGCCUAGUUACCGUGGUUACCGAGGGAAGAUUGUGGAAGUGGGGGAAAAUCGAUAUAUUUUGUUCGGAGAGAUCGCUGUGCUCGAUGAUCAGACAGUAGAAAUCACCGAACUUCCGGUUCGGGUGUGGACGCAGUCCUACAAGGAGACUGUUCUUGAACCGAUGCUCAAUGGAACGGAAAAGGUGCCCGUGAGCAUUACAGACUACAAGGAGUACCACACAGACGUGACUGUGCGUUUUGUGGUGCAGAUGCCGCGUGAAAAGUUGCGUGAGGCUGAAAGCGUGGGCCUGCACAAGUUCUUUAAGCUCGCAGUCUCCUUGACCACGAAUUCAAUGGUGCUAUUCGAUCACGCUGGCUGUCUUAAGCGGUACACAUCCGCUCAGGAGAUUCUCAAGGACUUCUACAAACUUCGUCUUGAGUGGUACGAAAAACGAAAGGCCUUUAUGGAAGGAAUGCUUUCCUCAGAAGCCCGACGUUUAGAAAACCAGGCUCGGUUUGUGAUGGAGAAGAUUGCCGACAAGGUUACCAUCGAAAACAAGUCGAAGAAGGAGUUGCUGCGUCUCCUUCGUGAACGGCACUACGAUCCAGACCCAGUGCGCGCGUGGAAGGAAUCCAUAGACAAGUUAGCGGCCAUUGAGGACGCCGCCGCGGCAAGAAGACAGGCCGGCGAACCCGAGGUUGGAGACGAGGAGGACGUGGACCAAGCGUCGGGAACCGCCGACUACAACUACAUCCUAGGAAUGCCCCUCUGGAGUUUGUCGAAGGAGCGGAAGGAUGAUCUUCUGGCUCAGCGAGACAAGAAACAGGCUGAGCUGACCAACUUGAUGCGUAAAACCAACAAAGAUUUAUGGAGGGACGAUUUGGAUGACCUUGAAUCUGCGAUUAAAAAAUAUGAAAAUGAACGCCUCAAAGACAUGGAGAGUCUGAUUGAGGCUACUGAGAAGAAGGUUGCCAAGCAGACAUCCUCCAGUGCUAAGGGUGGUCGGAGCGUCGUAUCCAAGAGCGCUGCAUCCAAAUGCUUCCGUCAGACGGCACCAGAUCCACUGGGUCGCCGAAUUGAGCCUGUCAUCGACCCUGAGUUGACCAAGAAGGUAGAAGCUUUGGUAAACAAAGACGCCAAGAAGGCAGCAAAACAGGUGGCAGCUAGUGGUGAUGCGAACGAUGAUGACUUCCUAGCUGACCUAGAUGAUGAUAGCCAGUUCGGUGGAAGCGAACCGCCACCACUGUUGAAAAGACUCAGUGGCACCGUCGACGCAGGGUCUGUAGUUUCUGCUAUCACCUCUCUCAACGCAGCUGCCCCCAAGAGGGGAGGUGGCGGUGGCCGAGCAAAGGGUCGCGGUCGAGGUGGCGCUUUGGCCGGUGGUGUUAAGCGAUCGCCAGCGAAGAAACUUCGUCAAAAGAAACUUUCCUUCGACAGUUCCGAGGAAGAAGAGGACGCCUCCGAUGGAUCCGAAUUCUCCCCGUCCAAAAUAAGUGCUCAAACCGCUUCACUUGGAGAGCAACCUCGGGCACUGCCAUCGCGAAGGACAGCUGCAGCAAAGAAGUACGUUAUUGAUGACUCAGAAAGCGAGGGUGGAGACAAGUCUAGUGAAAGUGAAGUCUUCGUCGCAGUGGACCACGGCCAGGGUGACAAGGAGCUCUGUUUGGAUAGUCCCGUGAAACAACCCACUCCUCCGCCUCAAACAGCCAAGCCCUCUGCUGUUUGGCCCAUAUCCUAUAACAAAAACGCUGGUGCUGCUGGCAAGAAGCCCUCCAGAGGUGGACGCACGCAAGUUAGUCGCGCCAAGCGAGCAAUGGGUAGUUCUAAGGUCGCUGAUUCAUCGAAACCUACUUCCAACAAUCCGCCUUCUCAAGAAGCCGGUGUUAUUGACGUUGACGACAUAUUCAAACCUGAUUGUGGCUUACCUUUUUUUGCAACUGAAGAUUCACCGGUUGCUAGUGUCCGCGCGACCACAACCCACCCGACGCGACCCAAGUCCCAGUACGUCUUUGACAGCGACUCCAACGACUCUUCUGGUGGGGGCGGGGAUUCAGUAGACAAUGAUUUCGGUCCUCGAUCCAAAAAGCCAGCGUCCCGCGGUGCUAAACGGAAACGUAUUCACUCCGAUAGUGACGAUGAUUACGUGCCUGAAUAG